AUGGACGAUGAAGUAGACUUCUUCACUCGCAAACCUUUGCCGGGCAGGUCGAAACUCAAAUCGAAAGCACGACCUCUGGCGAAGGUAGCGAGCACCUCUAGCGUCAAGCUCACCACAAUCUCCAACGAUUUCAUCGCACACCCUGCAUCCUCUGCGUCUCCAACUGUAGUCUCGAGCUCGCAGUCGGCAACCACAGCACCACUACACAUCGAUAACUCGGACGAUGAGGGCACCACUAUAACGAUCAUGGACACGAUGGAGGAGGACGAUGAUGACGACGAGCAAACCAUCAUGUACAGCAGCGACGUGGAUAUUGCUAGCGACGACAGCCAUGCCUCGGAGAAACGCAGGGCGAAGCGGCGCAAAAAGAAGCAUGUCAAAACGCUUCCCGCCUGGGCUUCGCAAGGCGUCUUUCGUCGACCGUCCCAGGAUCCUUCAUCGUCAUUGUCAGAUCCCUCCUCCUUCGAUGUUCGUUCUGACCUGACCGGCGACGAUGUCAAAUCAACCCAGGCGACUUCUUCGGGCAAAAUGGCUUCGAAUGCAACCCCGCAGAAGGACAAGGCCAAAUCCAAUGGCAGGCAAAGGGGCGUCAGCCUCACACCUCCUCCCGCCCCUUCACCCGAGAAGCUAAAGAUGGCGCGAGAGCUUGUCAACACGACCAUCGCCAAGAAGUUUGGCAAUCCAAAUCCCUCCGCCGCAACAGCUUCAAGUUCAGCCGCUCUAUCCUCGAGCAACGAUUCGUCCUCACGCCGAGUUACGAGAAGUACACGCAGCUCUGCCACCCCGGCGUUCGGACAGGAUGUCCCUUCCAACAACUCGUCAACGCUGUCACCCGGCUCAUCAAAGCAUGUCGAUGAGGACGACGUAGACACGAACGGCAGCAUCCAUUGGGAUCCCGACCUGGCCCGCUUGAUGCGCGGAGAGAAUGCCAAGCACAUUCGAGAACAAGCCAGGCGCGAACAGCAGGAGCGCGAUGAGAGACGCAAACAGCGAGAGCAGGAGCGACAACGUCAGCAGCCAGCGUCAUCACAGCGCUCGACGCAAUCCAGCAGCAGAACACAGUCAGCUCCACAGCUACCAACGACGACGGCGAGGCCGGCUGCGAACGGCGUGGACGGCAGCGAUGACGAGGUGCAAUUCGUACCGAGGCCACCCAGAAGGCUCAGCUCUUCCCCACGACGCACACGGUCAUCCACUACGACAGCCAGCACUUCCAAUGUCGACGCCAUCGUGAUUCAGGACUCGGACGACGAAGAGCCAACGCCGACCAAGCCCAACGGCACCUCCUUUAGCGCUGCUGCUGGUGCUGCUCGUGACUCCCCAUCUCCAUCACCCUCCGCACCUCCCGCCGGCGAGACCCUCUCACUGACACUGCAAUCCAAACUCGGCUCUAUGCCCGUCACCGUGACACCAACAACGCUCCUCUCGCGCAUCAUCUCGCACUUCCACUCGACCAAACUCAGCACGAGCAACGUCCCGCCCACCGCUGUCAAGAUCACAUUCGACGGGUUCGCAUAUAAGCCCACGCAGACGGUGCAAGACAUGGACGUGGAAGAUGGGGAUCAGGUCGAAUUGACGUGGACAUGA